AUGUUCGUUGGGUCUCUGGUAGAGGAACGUAUCGAAGAGCUACCACGUGGAUUGAUUGUUGUUCGAGGCCUUCACAUCCAGAGCGUAGAUAGGUGCUUAUACGUGUUGUGCGCUGCUUCUGCUGCUGCGGCUGUCCGUCUGAUUUGUGGUCCAGUUGUAUAAUUCGGUCCAUCCUGCACCCGCGGCCUGCGAGAGAGUGUAGAUAAACGCUGAAUGGAGGAAGUGUUGAUACGAGUCCGACGUGCGAAUCAGUUGUGAUCUGUGUCUCGUGUUGUUGUGUACGUACACCAAAAC